AUGACAGGGGGUGUGGUGAUUCUAUUUGGUGAGCUGAGAGACGCUUUUGACAAGUCUUUUAGCUGUAGCCGUGGUUCUCAUAACCGCGGUGAUGUGUUCACAAAAGUUGUCAUGGACAAGCUUGAAGAGUUCAUCAGCAUGCCUAGAAAGAAUACCAAGUUAAGGCCUAUCUGGAAGACAGUUUCUGCUCCUACUUACGUUAUAACGCCGUUAGAAGGAAAUGCAUUUCAGGUCUCAGAGUCCUCAAAGAAGAAGGAAUGGAUUGUUCAGCUGAAUGACUCAACUUGCACGUUUGGGAAGUUUCAAAGCAAGAAAAAUCCAUGUCCUCACGCUCUAGCAGUUUGUGAGAAACUCAGAAUCAAUCCCUUGCAGCUACGUUUUCUCCUGUCCCAGAGCUAUCAGCUUGGCCAGAAGCUACCGGAGUUCCGACACUGUUUCCUCCACCUCCUAAAUCAUCAGCAUUGUAAAGAUUUCUGCUUUUGUAUGUGA